AUGAAUGAAAGUGAGGAUGAACCCAAGGAUAUGGUUCAGUUGAAGUAUGAGAAGCUCUCACUAGAGGAAAUAGCAGCCCUGGUCAUUUCUCCUUGCUGUGGAGCUGCAUCUUUCUUUGUAGGCACUACGAGGAAUAACUUUGAAGGGAGAAAAGUCAUACAAUUAGAAUAUGAAGCCUACACAGCAAUGGCAGAAGGUGAAUUGAAGAAAAUAUGCACGGAUAUUAGAUUAAAAUGGCCCUCUGUGAAGCAUAUAGCAAUACAUCAUCGACUUGGUUUGGUUCCCGUUAGCGAAGCCAGUGUGAUUGUCGCAAUCUCUUCCCCCCACCGAGCCGACUCUCUCAAGGCCUUGCAAUAUUGCAUCAAUACUUUAAAAGCCACUGUCCCUAUAUGGAAAAAGGAGGUCUAUGAAGAGGAAUCUUCUUGGAAAGAAAAUAAGGAAUGCUUCUGGAUCAAGAGAGAAAAGUAAAAUAUUAAUCUGGCAAGAGAGUAAGGAAGACUGCUUGUGUAUUAAAACAAUAUGGAAAAUAAAUUUCAG